CACAUCCAGGAUAACGGCGGGUGGGAGGGGAACCAGACGUGGGACUUACUUAACUUUGUCGAGAAAUAAAAUAAGCUGCUUCAUACACUCUAAUAUCUAGCGGCUGUAGCGGCGGUAAAUCAAGGCCCUCAGCACCACACGGUCACCGAUUCACAGUACGCGAGACCCAUCAAGGCUACACAGACGCAGAGCGCCGCACCGCCCAAGCAGAAUUUGGAUUCCAUGCUAGGAAACCUCCAAGCAGACAUGAGCCGUCAAGGAGUCAACACCAGCCAAAAGGGAUGCUGCAACGCCUGCGACAAACCCAUCGUCGGGCAAGUCAUCACCGCUCUGGGAAAAACCUGGCAUCCGGAGCACUUCACCUGCGCCCAUUGCAGCCAAGAAUUGGGCACCAGGAACUUCUUCGAGCGGGAGGGUAAGCCGUACUGCGAGCCCGACUACCACAACCUCUUCAGUCCGAGAUGCGCCUACUGCAACGGACCUAUUUUGGACAAAUGCGUCACCGCUCUGGAAAAGACCUGGCACAUGGAUCACUUCUUCUGCGCUCAAUGCGGAAAGCAAUUUGGCGAAGAAGGUUUCCAUGAAAGGGAAGGAAAGCCCUACUGUAGGGACGACUACUUCGAUAUGUUCGCUCCUAAAUGUGGCGCUUGCAACAGGGCCAUAAUGGAGAAUUACAUUUCAGCUCUCAACGCCCAAUGGCACCCAGAUUGUUUCGUGUGUAGAGACUGCAAGUUAGCCGUACAAGGAAAAUCUUUUUACGCCGUAGAAGGUAAGCCGGUGUGCCCAGCUUGCAUCGGCGCUGAGGAAGAAGAGGACGAAUGAAUAUCUCCCAACCCCCUAAAAAUAUGCCCACUAUCUCUUAUGCCCCUCCCCUGAAAAAAUGCCCCCCUCAAAAACCCUGAAUUUUAUUGUAUAAAGUAUAUCGUUUGUAUUUUAUUUUAAUAAAGGUGAAAAAAAAUGAACAAAAAAACAAAAUAUAUAAAUAAAUAAAUAAAUAAAAAAAACAACAAAAUAGAGAAAAACAAAACAAAAAAAAACGGUGAAAAGGGACCACAAGUGUUAUAUGCCGAGACCUGUUUAUUAACUUUUAAUUUAUCGGCGCAUUUAUUCGAGUGUUUCGAGUAAAUCUGCCGGUGUUGUAAUUAUUUUGCUGGUUUCUCAGUUAUUGUAUUGUGUGGAAGCCAAAAAGUUUAUUUUCGGAACGGAGACGUUUUAGAAAACGUUUAUUUUUAAAAAAAGAUUCGAAUCUCGUUCUCGCGCUGCCGCGUCCGACGCCUGUGGUCUCUUUGGG